GUCUCCGCCUCUUCCUGGUUCGACUGCUUUCCCGUAGAGGAAGUGGGGCAUGUGAUCUGUGGACCUGUUCAGUUCGGAAUGUGUUUUCGGUUGUAGUCACUGUGUUAGGCAGCUGUGGCAUCUAUAUUCUGGAGGUGAAAAAAUUUUGGUCGUCGUUUCAGUGUGACGAUCAUUCUAUCUACUUUAAGUUGUAUAGUUGUCCCCGCUUGAGGGGACAGUCAGAGACCCUAAGCCCACUCAGCGUGUUAAUGUUUCAAGGGGGUGCUUGUUGUCAGUCAGAACCGUUGAACGUUGGUUGAUAUUUGUUCUACAUAAUUUUCUUUGUAUUUCUGCUCCCUGGCUAACAACUAAUAGUAAAGGGAACAUGGAGGCCAAAGCUUUAUGUGAAGGAGACGGUGCUUGUAACGCAGUGGCCCCGGACCCUCAUCGGCUACGCAGUAUUGGGAACAGAGAGCACUCCAGGAACCCCAACCUGAGAAGGGAGGAGCCCAGAAUUAGCGAUGAGGAAUACGAGGAUUCCGAGGCCGAGCAGUAUAAGGAUGGUCGGAGCGAGGAAGUGAACUGGGAGGCCAAAGUUCAAGCGUAUGCCUGGUGUAAGGAGUUUCUUGGUGGGUCCUGGAAGUUGAUUACUGUGGAUGAGUUUCAAAUCUCAACUGUUAGUGGAGGCCUCAGUAACCUGUUGUAUCUCUGCACUCUGCCAGAUCAUGUGCUAAGUGUGGGCGAUGAGCCUCGCCAGGUACUGCUGCGUGUUUAUGGAGCCAUCCUACAGGGUGUGGAUUCUCUGGUAUUGGAGAGCGUGAUGUUUGCAGUUUUGGCAGAACGUGCCCUGGGACCAAGAUUAUAUGGAGUGUUUCCACAGGGACGUUUGGAGCAAUACAUUCCAAGCCGUCGACUGUUGACUGAAGAAUUGGGAUUUCCAGAUAUUUCAGCAGAGAUUGCUGUUAAAAUGUCACGAUUCCAUGGAAUGGUCAUGCCCUUCAACAAGGAACCAAAGUGGCUGUUUGAGACUAUGGACAGGUAUCUCAAGCAGAUAAUGGGGCUGACGUUCAUCAGAGAGGCACAUGUCAAAAAGUUUAAUAAACUGAAGACUUUCAACCUACCAGGAGAGUUGACAAGUUUAAAGGCACUUCUUGAAGCCACUUGGUCACCUGUGGUUUUUUGCCACAAUGAUGUGCAGGAAGUUUUCUUAUUUUUGUUUCUCUUUCAAGGUAACAUUCUCUAUUUGGCAGACAAAGAUGCUGCAUCCACAGAGAAAUUGAUGUUAAUUGAUUUUGAGUACAGCAGCUAUAACUACAGAGGCUUUGAUAUUGGGAAUCACUUCUGUGAAUGGAUGUAUGAUUACACUUACGAUCAAUGGCCAUUCUUCAAAGCUAAUAAAGAGAAAUAUCCCAACCGACAGCAGCAGCUUCAUUUUAUCCGCCAUUAUCUUUCUGAAUACUCUGGCAAUAAAGGGGACUCAGUGCAUGAGGACCAAACAAAAAUUGAAGAAGAGAUGAUCAUCGAAAUCAACAGGUAUGCCCUAGCCUCUCACUAUCUGUGGGCACUUUGGGCUAUUAUACAAGCAAAGAUUUCCACAAUUGAGUUUGGGUACAUGGAUUAUGCCCUGUGCAGAAUGGAAGCCUACUAUGAACAGAAAAGAAUAUUCGCUUGAUUUGCUUUUGAGCAAUAGCACUGUUGUCUUGCUCAGAAUUCAACACACCUCUGCUACACUUUCCUUUUAUUAAAAAAAAAUUGCUUUCAUUUCAAAUUUGUCCAGGACAAUUUCAUACCUGAUCAGUGGACUGCACUUUGAGAGCACACAGACACAUGCUAAUGUACAAGUCAAAUUGCAAUACUUUGCUAGGAAUGAUGAGCAUUGACUUCUUGGGGGGGGGAACAAAAGUAGCUUCCAGCAGCAGCUGUGUGAAGCCCUGGGCUGCAGGUGUUCCUGUAAGAGUCUGCACCAAUGUUUAUUCAGUGUGUUCCCAUACUGUAUAUCUUUGUCCUUCCUGUGCCCCAGCAGUCUCCUAACCCAGUAGUGUACAGAUCUUCAAAGUUUAUCCUUGAAAAGCUGAGAUUUGGUUUAAAGUAAUGGUUUUUGUUGGGUAGCAUGAGUGAGACAAAUAAGGACUUCUUGUGUCCUGAUGUAGGGUCUCGACCCGAAACAUCGACAGUGCUUCUCCUUAUAGAUGCUGCCUGGCCUACUGUGUUCCACCAGCAUUUUGUGUGUGUUGUUUGUAUUUCCAGCAUCUGCAGAUUUCCUCGUGUUUGUUUCUUGUGGUUUAUUUUUGUUUGUUAAUUUAUGAAGUGUCUGGAAAGGCCAGCACUUGUUCACAACACUAAAUAAACACUAAAUGCCUUUAAGAAGUUGAAAAUAAUUGCCUUGAAAUGUAUGUAUUCUUGCUGUAAAAAUAUUUUCACAUUGUUGGGUAGGGUGUUACCCUGUGAUGAUGAAGAAAUGACCCCACAUCAGCCUGACUUGGAGGAGAAUCCAUGGGAGGUGUUCCUGUGCUUCUGCUACCUUUGUCCUUGAUUGAAAAGCACACCCUACUCAAAAGUAAUGUUUUAAUAAGUAUUGUUUUGAAUACACUUAUACACCAUUUGAAGAAAAUAAAGCAAUGUGGUUCUGAGCAAUGCAAACUAGAUGAAUUUAACCUCAGAUCAAACAUGUUAAGCUGAGGUUGAGUAAGGGUUAUCUGUCCAGAUUCCACUGCAGAAAUUGAACAGAAAACUUGAGGGAAAAUGUAAACCAUAAAAUUCCUCAGUGAUCUCAAGUGGAAAAUAAAUGUUGCAGUCAAAUGAAUUGCAUUUCUAAUUUCACUUUCCACUUUGCAUGACUUGCUUCUGUUUCUUUUUAAAUCCCGUUUCUACUGAACAGGGUUCAGACACCAAGACCAGUCACUAAAUAAAGCUUGCAUUAACUCCCAUCUUGGGGGCAUAUUUCAGCAUCAGUGACCCAAUUGGUGAUUAUCACAGCUGCUCAGUCAGGCUUCCCACUGGGUUCAUGUUUCUCAUUUGCUGCAGGUAAUAGUGACUCUUAGCUUAUUCUGUCAGUGGUUGGCUCAUCCACUAAGUGUAGCUCCUGGCUGGAUAACAUGUAGGAUACAUCCCAGCUAUACUUUGCUAAGCCCUGCUAGUAUAUUUAUACCAUUGGAAAGUAGUUUCUUUGGAGAAAUUAAUCCUAGUGCAUUAACUAAAAUAAACAAGUGAUUGUUGCAGGAAAUUAAUUUUCCCAAGUAGCUUAAGACUGGCAGAAUGUUGAGUAAUGCUUGUAAUAUUUCACUUUUGAUAAUCAGGUUUGUACAUUCUAUAUGAAAGGCAUUCAAUAUGUGUCCACAAUCAUUCCAGAUCCUAUUCAAUGUGUGUGUUUCCUCCUUGUAAAGUGUUUACCGACUUCCCUCAGCUUAUUGGCCUGUAAGUAAUUGUAAGCCUCUAAUGCUGCAACUAAAUCUCCUCUUAAUCAGGAGGGGAGAGUGAACUAAGAUGAAUCCAAGACUUGUUGCAGGAUUUCAACUUGAAAUGUCAGCAAUUCCUUUCCUUCCAAAAUAGCUGCUCAGUCCACUGACUCCCUUCUACAGAUUGUUGCUCCAGAUUCCUGCAGUCUUUUGUACUCCUCAUUCUCAAACUGUUCCUUCGAAUCUUUUCUGUAUCCCCUUUCGGAUCUUUUCUCAAUCCUGAGGUAAGGUAGGUGAGCUAAAUUUUAAAUCUAACUGCUACCACCUUCCUUCUCCCCCGCCCUCCCCAUUACCAAAUUGAGAGACGGAGAAGCAUCAGUGGUGCUGUCAAGCUUUUGGAGACAGGGCAUACUUUGUUCAAGAUGUAUUUUAUUGACAGCUAAGUCAGUACAGUUGCAACAGGUAAUGAGAACCAUCACCGAAAAAUCCAAACCAAUUCGCUCUUGGAAAAUGUCCAUCGCCUUUUUUUCCAUUUGCUGGAGUCUUCUUACUUGUGCAGUUUGUUUGGGGGGGGGGGAGGGGAAAAUCUACAGAUGCUGAAUAUUCAAAGCAACACACUCAAAACACUGGAGGAAAUCAGUAGCACAGGCUGUAUUUAUAGUAAAGAGUAAACAGUCAACGUUUCAAACCCAAAACGUCAACUGUUCUCUCUCUUCUGUAGGUGCUGCCUGGCCUGCUCUGUUCCUCGGAGUUUUGGUGCUAUGGCAGAUUAUUUUAUUUAACUUAGAAUCAAAAACAAAAGUGUCCACUCUUUUUCCAAGUUGUUCAUGCUCUUUUUAUAAUGUGUCGUCUGUUCAUUUUAUCUGGAUCUUGAUUCAUGAGUUCACUUCGUAAAUAAAAUAUUGCUGUGUACUACGUGGUACUAAAUUCUGCAUUCUCAAUGUUCAAUAGGUACAUUUAAUGUCAGAGAAAUGUAUACAAUAUACAUCCUGAAAUUGAGGCUUUGGAGGAAUCCUGUCUAAGUCCUUUAUCUUUGAGCUGGAAUUCCAUUUUGAUAGCAUGGCAUUGCCAUCUGAACAAAAUUUGUCCCAAGUCAAUUUCAUGGAUUUGGCAGGAUUGUAUCAAAUUCUGGAAAUAGUAAUUCUAUGGCUGUUAUAUUUUAAAUAUGGAAAUUGAAUGUGCAUUUGUUUUUCAAUUUUAGAUUUUCUGUUCUUCAUGUAUGGUGGAACACAGGCCACUCAUCCCAGCAGAUGCUUGAGUUUCACAUUGCUAUCUCCUAACUUCAGUGUAUCCUGCAGCAACAUGUACUUUGUGCAAGUAUAUUUAUCUUCUUGUUGCAGUUAUUUGUAGGGCUGAGUUCCACCUGUUACGCCAUAAGAUAUAGGAGCAGAAAUGGGCCAGUUGGCCCAACGGGUCUGCUCCACUAUUCAAUCAUGGGCUGAUCCAAUUCUUCCAGUCAUUCCCACUCCCUUGCCUUCACCCCAUACCCUGGCUAAUCAAGAACCUAUCUAUCUCUGCCAUAAAUACACCCAAUGAUUUGGUCUCCACAGCCACUCGUGGCAACAAAUUCCACAGAUUUAGCACCCUCUGACUAAAAUAAUUUCUCUGCAUCUCAGUUCUAAAUGGACGUCCUUCAAUCCUGACGUCAUGCUGUCUUGUCCUAGACUCCCCUACCAUGGGAAAUAACUUUGCCAUAUCUAAUCUGUUCAGGCCUUUUAGCAUUCGGAAUGUUUCUAUGAGAUCCUCCCUCAUUCUCCUGAACUCCAGGGAAUACAGCUCAAGAGCUGCCAAACAUUCCUCAUACUGUAACCCUUUCAUUCCUAGAAUCAUUCUUGUGAAUCUUCUCUGAAACCUCUCCACUGUCAGUAUAUCCUUUCUAAAAUAAGGAGACCAAAACUGCACACAAUGCUCCAAGCGUGGUCUCACGAGUACCUUACAGAGUUUCAACAUUACAUCUCUGGUCUUAUAUUCUAUACCUCUAGAAAUGAAUGCAAACAUUGCAUUUGCCUUCUUCACAACCAACUCAAUCUGGAGGUUAACCUUUAGGGUAUCUUGCACAAGGACUCCCAAGACCUUUUCCAUCUCUGCAUUUUGAAUUCUCUCCCCAUCUAAAUAAUAGUCUGCCCAUUUAUUUCUUCCAUUGAACUGCAUGACCAUACACUUUCCAACAUUGUAUUUCAUUUGCCACUUCUUUGCCCAUUCCCCUAACUAUCUGAGGCUCUCUGUUUCCUCAGCACUACCUGCUUCUCCACCUAUCUUUGUAUCAUCGGCAAAUUUAGCCAGCUUGAGUAAAGAAAUAUUCCUGUUGGGUAUAUUUUUAUUAUCCUAUUUGCAAUUCUAACUUCAUCUUUCUUCAUCUACCCCAUCAGACCCUCAAAUUAUUUCUCUCUCUAACAGAAUCAAUCAGUUGGAUCGAUUGAGAUAACAUAUCUGAAAGGGUAUUCCCACCAUUGGGGUAAAUACAAUGAAUGUUUUGCUGAUCUUUCAAGAUCAACAAUUGUACACAAUGUUUAUGGCUUAACUUGAAUGACAUUUUCUAUCCCUUCAGAAACUAUGAACACAGUAAAAAAUAAGUUUAUCACACUUUUUCUUGAACUCCAGUUUCACGUAUAUUAUUUUUUAUCUUCAAUGUUACAUCUACUAUGUUCACUUCUAUUAUAUCUUGCAUAUGUUCGACUAGCUACAAGCCAAUCUGCCUAGUUCUGCAGUUGAGAGGAUUGACAGCUUCAGGCCUGUUGAAAUUGUCUAAAUAUAAUUUGAGAGAAUAAAUUAUCUACCACAUAAACAAUGCAAUCAGUUCUCUUUGGCUUGAUUUUCAGGUUGUUACUGCAUCUAUUUACAUGGAUACAGUGGAUCUAGAAAGUUUUGUGAACCCUUUAGAAUUUUCUCUAUUUCUGAAUAAAUAUGACCUCAAAUGUGAUCAGAUCUUCAAGUAAGCCCUAGAACUUUAUGAACAGAACCCAAUUAAAUAAAUAACACAAAAAACAUUUAACUUGUUCAUUUAUUUAUUGAGAAAAAAUAUCCAAUAUUAUCCAUGUUUGUUGGAAAAAAGUAUAUGAACAGCUGGAUUAUCAGUUCAUUUAAAGGGGAAAUAAAAGGUGUUUCAAUCAAUGGGAUGACAGUCAGGUGUGAAUAUGGGAGGCCUUGUCCUAUUUAAAAAAACAUAAAUCUGUGUCUUUACUAUCAAAGUCUGAUCUUCACCAUACAGGUUUCGGAAGUGUGCCAUGCCUUGAUCAAAGGAGCUUUCUGAGGACCUCAGGAAAAAAGUUAUUGAUUCUCACUGGGCAGGAAAAAGAUAAAACAACAUUUCUAAAGAUUUUGGGGUCCACCAACCCACAGUCAGGCAGAUGACAUAGAAAUGAAGGAAAUUAAAUACUGUUGUUACUCUCUCUGGAGUGGUCGAACAAUAAAAACCACUCCAAGAGCAAGGUGUAUAAUACCAGGUUAAUAUCUAAGGAGCUACAGGCCUCUCUUGCAUUGGCUAAUGUCAGUGUUGAUGUGUCUACUAUCAGGCAAACACUGAACAACAAUGGUGUGCAUGGUAAGAUUGCAAGGAGAAUACCACUACUCCCCAAAAACAUUGCUGACCAUUUAAAGUUUGCUAAAGACUAUGUGGAAAAGCCAGAAGGCUAUUGGAAGAAUAUUGUGAACAGAUGAGUCCAAAAUAGAACUUUUUGGAUUAAAUGGGAAGAGUUAUGUUUGGUGAAAAGCAAACACUGCAUCCAGCAUAAGAACCCGAUUCCAUCUGUGAAAUGUGGUGGCAAGUGUCAUGGUUUGGGCCUGCUUUGCUGCCUGGGGACCAGGAUGGCUUGCCCUCAUUGAUGGAAUUAUAAAUUCUGAAUUGUACCGGCAAAUUCUACAGGAAAAUGUCAAGGUAUCUGUCCAAGAACAAAAGCUCGAGGAAGUGGGUCAUUCAGCAAGACGACAUUAGUUAGUCGACCAAAGAAUGGUUAAAGCAGAAGAAAUGUCAUGUUUUGGAAUGGCUGAGUCAAAGUCCUGACCUUAAUCCCAUAGAAAUGUUGUGGAAGGACCUGAAGCAAGCAGUUCGUGCAAGGAACCCCACCAACAUCCCAGAGUUGAAGCAGUUUUGCAAGGAGGAAUGGUCUAACAUCCCUCCAAACUGAUGUGCGGGACUGAUCAACAGUGACCAGAAAUGGUUUGGUUGAAGUUGUUGCUGUACAAGGGGUUCAUACGAGUUAGAGAACCAAAGGUUUACAUACUUAUUCCAACAAAUGCAUGUAAUAUUGGAUCAUUUUUCUCAAUAACUUAACAAGUAUAAUGUUUUUGUAUUAUUUAUUUAAUUGGGUUCUCUUUAUCUGGUUUUAGGGCGUGUGAAGAUUUGAACACAUUUUAGGUCAUACUUAUGCAGAAAUAGAGAAUUCUAAAGGGUUUGAAAACUUUCUAGUACCAUUAUAAGUCACUAAACAUCAUCCACAAAUAGUCUACUGAAGGGAUUUAAUUUUUUUUAUUGGAAUUAUGAAUAACGUGCACCUAAUACAAUAGGGAGGACCUCCCCUACUGGGAAAGGUUCCAUUGAAUCGGGAAGGCAAUUAGAAUACUAUCAACAAGGGCAAAUGGAAGCUAUGCACAAAAUUUUUAAUUGGGGGUAGGCAGAGGUAGUAGAAUAUUAUUUUGGGGGAAACCUAAAAGAAUUGAUAAGACUUAGAACAAUAAAACUUGACAAUAAAUGCAUGCCAAAAGGGCAAUUCGGGGACACCAGUCACCCCAACUAUAAACAGUUUCAGCUGCUUUCUGCAAGCUACUAGACUUAUAAAUUCACAUGUCUAUCCAUUGUGACGGAGUCAUUAACACAAUGAUUUUUAUUCCCUCACGUGGGAUGGAUGUAAGAUUUAAAUUUAAUGUUACAAUAAUCAUGGGGGACUUCAAUAAGCAGUUAGAUUGGGAAAAUCAGAUUUGUGCCGGAUUACAGGAGAGGGAAUAUCUAGAGUGCCUACAAAAUGGCUUUUUAGAGCAGCUCAAGGUUGAGCCCGUUGGAGGAUCAGCUACUUUGGACUGCAUGUUGUGCAAUGAACCAGAAUCGAUUAGAGAGCUUAAGGUAAAAGAGCCCUUAGUGACGUGAUCAUAAUAUGAAUUCACCCUGAAAUCUGAGGUGAAACCAAAGUCCAAUGUAUUGGUAUUACAGUGGAGUAAAAGGAAUUACAGGGCCAAUAGAGAGGUGUUGGCUAGAAUUGAUCAGAAAAGGACACUGGCAGGAAUGACUGAAGAGCAGCAAUGGCUGGACACCUGAAAGCAACUCGGAAGGCACAGGAUAUAUAUAUAUCCCAAAGAUGAAGUGCUCUAAAGGAAAGAUGACAACAGUGGCUAACAAGAGAAGUUAGAGCCAACAUAAAAGCUAAAGAGAGGACAUGUAAUAAAGUAAAAAUUAAUGGGAAGUAGAGGAUUGGGACACUUCUAAAAACCAGCAGAAGACAAUUUAAAAAGUCAUUAAGGUAAAGGUGGAGACCAAAGAUGAUACCGGAAGUUUCUUCAGAUACAUGAAGUGUAAAAGAGAGGCAAGAGGGGAUAUCGGACUGCUGGAAAAUGAUGCUGGAGAGGUAGUAUUGGGGGACAAUGAAAUAGCAGACGGACUGAAUAAGUAUGUUUGCAUCAGUCUUCACACUGGAAGACACUAGCAGUAUGGUGGAAGUUCCAAGUGUCAGGAGGCAUGAAGAGUGUCAAGUUACCAUAACUAGAAAGAAUGUUAUCAUUAAUUUCAAGAAGUCUGUACUCACUGACAUUUAAAAGGAUGAGGUGGGAUCUCGCUGAAAUAUUUUGAAUGUUGAAAGGCCUAGACAGAGCAGAUGUGGAAAGGAGGUUUCCCAUGGUGAGGGAGUCUAAGACAAAAGGGCACAGCCUCAGGAUAGAGGGGUGUCAAUUUAAAACGGAUGCAGAGAAAUUUCUUCAGCCAGAGGGUGGUGAAUUUGUGGAAUUUAUUACCACAGGUAGCUGUGAAGGCCAGGUCAUUGGAUGUACUUAAGGCAGAACAUAACAGUUUCUUGAUUGGACACGGCAUCAAAGGUUACAGGGUGAAGGCCAGGAGUGGGGCUGAGAAGUGAUAAAAAGUAUCAGCCAUGAUUGAAUGACAUUACAGACUCAAUGGACCAAAUGACCUAAUUCUGCUCCUAUGUCUUAUGGUCUAAGUAGAGGAGUGUGCUAAAAAUGCAUCUUUGAGCUGUACUAGUGUAGAUUGUCAGUGAGGUGGUGAUCUUAUUUGCUAUACGCAAUGACUAGUCUUCUGGCGAGAUGAUCAUUGAGAUCAACAAGUUGGACACUUGUACAGAAUGAUCAAGGGGAUAAGGUUGUAAUGAUUUUAUUCUAGUUUAAGUUUAAGUUGAGAGAGACUGUGGGCUGCUCCCAGAACAUCCUUAGGUUGUGGUGGUUGUUAAGACAAGCAAUACAUUUCAUUGUAUGUUUUAAUGUAUGUGUGAUAAACGAAUCUGAAUCUGAAUUGUGUCAAAUAAAUACACCUAAACUGUAGUAUCUAAAGUCCAGCAGACUCAAUGGAUUAAACUGCAUCCAUCACCUAUCUGGACCCACAGAUAUCAGACAAAGUCUCUGGGGUUAAUUGUAUGUCACUGUUCGCCUGUAGGGGAGUUCUGAUUCUGUUAAUAUCCUGGAGAGCUCUGAUGCAAACUUGGUCCAGAAAGUGCCAGGAGUGGAUCAGUUGGAACACAUCCCUCUGGUGUGAACGUGUACCUCCCCAAACUGGGCCUUUCUAGGAUUUGCUUUUCAAACCACAGAAACAGGUAGUGAAGGGGGAAUCAAGUCAACCCUUUGUGCCUGUGCCAGACUUUAAGAACUAUCCAAGAGUAAUUCCCUCACCCCCAGCACUGUGUAGAACCAGAGUUGAUGUACAGGGUGCUGCACUGAAAUGUUUCAGCCCCCACUCUGAGAAGGUGAGCCUCGAACACGUCACCAGUGCACUGUGUACUGGUUCAGAGAGCAUCCAAAUGAGAUGGAUGUUUGCAGCCUUUUGAACACCACAUGAGGGGAAGAUUAUUGAUCUUUCUCACCUCCGGUCUCCUUUUCUUAUCUCUAUCCACAUUCACACCAGUCAAGCCAGAGCUGAGCUGAACAUCCCCUCGUCCCCCCAAUGCAUUUGCUAGCUUCAUUCUGUUGUAUUCCCCACUGAGAUCUUUCCUUGAGCUUUGCUGAAAAUAAACCCCUCACCUGCCUUGGUGAUCUCCAUCUCCCAUAAAUAUUUACACUGCAGCUUCCAAACCCUCACCAUAUUCCUCUUGUUCCAAGUUCAAGUUUAUUGUCAUUCUACUGCACACAUGUAUACAGCUAAACAAAAGAAUAUUCCUCCGGGACUAAGGUGCAAAACAGAGUACAUAUUUAAUGUACAGCAUAUACAAUAAUAUUAACCCAAUAAUAUUAACAGAAUUAUUUUAAUAGAUAAAGUAUUCUGUAGACGUACAUGGGUGUUUUGAAGUAUCACUGUCUGAGGAAGAAGCUGUAACCCAGCAUAACAGUCCUUCUUAUACUGCAAUACCUUCAGCCUGAUGGUAAGAGGUCAAAGAGAGUGUAGGACUGAUGGCCUCUUUCUUUGAUUUUCUCUUUCCUUGUUCCCACCACCACAACUACCAACCCUCUUUGUCUAAACCAUGCUUAAGGAGACUGAAGGACUGUAAACCUGGGUCUGUGUUAUUUGUCUAAGCUAUUCUCUAGCCCUGUGCAGUUUUAUGUCACUGUCUUCAAGGACUUUGACUGACAUUGGCUGGAGAUUUUCAUUGGACAUUGACAUUGACAAUCUUUCUAGAAUCACUAGGACCCUAAUCCUAAUGGUUCCAGAAGGCUGGAAAAUUACAAAUUUCAUCCACUUUUCAAGAAAGGAGAGAGGCAGAAGAAAGAAAAUUAUCAACUGGUUUUAAUAUCUUUUAAUGUACCAAUGAGGAAUCAAGGAUUGGAGUGUAAGAAAGGAGUUAAUUGUGAUUCCUCCAAAGUAGAUGUCAGAAUAAAAUGGAAAUUCAAAGACAAAAUGAUGUCAGUUUGGAAAGAGCUGGAGAUGUGCACGAGUGCACCUCCCUGAAAUGAAAUACUGAAUGAUAUUUUCUUCCUCACAGAUCUAUUAUGCCCAUUUUCCUAAAUUAUUGUGACUGGUCAGAAGGUUGUAAGUGAUAAGGUACAGCUGGUACCAUGGAGAGUUUGAAAAAGUACUGCAGUGAAAAUCAUGUUAUGCUUUGAAAGAAAUAUAAACAGUAUAAAAAGGGACACAUUCUUUGUGCAUUGGGGAGAGGGGGUUGUGAGACAGUACUUAGAGAGAGUCAGAAUAUGUUGAAUCAGAGUUAGAGAGAAAACAGGCUGUGUGAGAUUGUCGGACCUGAGACCCCCCCCCCCCCCCCUGACAUUGCAGAGUUUGGCUUGUUUAGUGAAAGGUAGUAUUAUUUUGAUUUCUGUACUGGUACUGCUCUAGACAUUUGUUUUGCUUUCUGUAUUGCAUUUGUGCCGGUUCUAAUAAAAUGUUUUCUUAUGGUUGAA